AUGAUGAUGGUGGCGGGGGCUGAUGGUGGCGAAGCACCCGGGUACUGGGAUGAUUUCCACGCCUGCACCCUCACAGCGCUCACGGAUUGCCAGGAAGGAGCGACAGACCUCUGGGAGAAACUGAGACGGGAAUCCAAAAACCUCGAUUUCCAAGGCAGCUUAUUCGAACUGUGCGGGGGCGGCAGCGGCGCGGCCCCCUCCCUCCUCCCGCCGGCUCUAGGGAAACGAACAGUUAUGGAAGGAAGGAAGCAAGCUGGGAAGGGAAGAGCGAAAGGAAGAGAUGUGUCUGAACGCCCGGAGGAGCGAAGGAAUGCUGCUAUAACAGAUCUCUGA